AUGGCCGAAAUCGAAGCUGCGAAACAAGCGGCGGCCAUCGAAGCUGUGCGAAACCAUUUCCCCGAGAACCCUCGCUUCGUGGGUAUCGGUUCGGGAACGACCAUUGUCUACGUGGUUGAAGCGAUCAAGAACUUGGGGACGGACCUUUCUAGAGUGGGAUUUGUGCCGACGGGUUACCAGUCAAAGCAACUGAUCAUAACUGCUGGCUUGGUUCCCAUCGAGUUUGAUGCACUUCCGGACGAUGCGAUGAUUGAUAUUGCCUUUGACGGCGCAGACGAAGUGGACGAAGAACUGAACUGCAUCAAAGGAGGGGGCGCUUGCCUCUACCAAGAAAAACUUGUGGCUAUGCGCGCAAAGCAAUUCAUUUGUGUUGCCGACUAUCGAAAACUCCAACCGCGUCUGGUCACAAAGUGGCCGACCGUGCCUAUAGAAGUCGAGCCCAAGGCUGCCCGGCAAGUGAUGAAACGACUGCGGAUGCUAGGAAGCCGAAGUCCCACCGGCAUAGGCCCCAAGAUCCGCGAAGGACACAUGCUCAAAGCAGGUCCAGUCAAGACCGACCAGGACUUCUUCAUUGUGGAUGCGCCAUUCCCACACCCGCUUCUGAUAGCCGACGAUCUGACAGAAACCAAACUCGGCAACGGCGAAGGCGGCUACUGGGAGGUGGAACAGCUCGCCAGGGCCAUCAAGGAUAUCAACGGUGUACUUGCUGUUGGUCUUUUCUGCGGACCAACCGGGCCCGAGGCCUUGAGGGCGGGAGUCGUUGGAGGCCAGCGACCCGUUGCGUGCUACUUCGGCAUGGCUGACGGCACUGUGGCCCUGCGACGAGCCCGAGAGAAGCGCCACUCCAUUGUCGCCAGAUACCCUCCGUUGAUCCCGGUGCACUCGGCUGAAGCAGAGGCUGCUCCGGCUGGCAAUUGUUAG